UGUCUUUCCAUGAUGUCCUCAAUGUUUCUAGAAGAACAUCAUUUCAUGAUGGCGAAUCCAAACAAUGCUUUAUAUUCUUCUUUGGAGAAAGAUCAUUCUAGUCUCUCCACUCUCCUCAACGACGACGACUUAGAAAAGGUUUCAGAUGAAUAUGCAGACAGCACGAAGCUGCACGGUCGAUUUCCUCGAACGUUCAAUACGACUUACAAAUCCUUGAUCACUUUAUUCAUAUUGCUGCCCUGGGCUCUUCUUCCUGUACUCUUCAAGAUAGGAGAACACCAGGGAUCGAAGAUUCUUCCUAAAUUGCCAAGUCACAAGAUAACCAGUAGUGCUGUUGAGUACCAACUGAGAAUUCUGGAUGAUGAGUUCUACACCACAGAGCCUGAGAACCUGAAAUAUAAAGGACAUCCCAGACCGGAGCUGGAUGAUGCCUGGAACUCGUUGAUUGAGAACAUGCACAUGCGAGUCCAUCCAGACGAGGCCAAAGCCGCCGGAUUUGAAUCCGUGGAGCUAGCGGACGGUUCUGGAGAUGUGUAUGGCUUGCCUGUCGUCUUCCAUAAUUUACACUGCCUGUACUCACUUCGCCGCGCCAUGUUUCCGAACGUCUACAUCGAUGAUCUUGACAGCCGGCCGCCUGGGCCCAAUCAGAUCAAUGUGCACGUCGACCACUGUUUUGACAUUAUUCGGCAAGCAAUAAUGUGCCAAGGAGACAUGUCCAUGUACUACUUCUACUGGCCCGAAAGCGAAGGACGGAACAAGAGACCGUUCCCACGCCACGUCGGCCACAGCGAGCACGUGUGCGUCAACUGGGAAAAAUUGCAGUCCGAAGCACACAAGCGCCACUUCUCCCUACUUGGGGAGAAAAAGAUGCUGGUCAAUCCAUUAUUCCCUGAAGUCUCGCUCAAGGCCGACGUCAUCCCUAAGAGGAAGAAUUACAGCGUCUAUGAUGGCAAUAUGGAUGGCCCGCAACUUUAUGAGGGUCUGGAGGACUUACAGGAGCUGUCUCGCAUAAAGAACAAACAUGGUGGUACGUAAGCUGUGUAUAUAGAGGUUGAUGAAUAACUGUUCAGUGGUGAGGAAUGGGUAAAGGCGAAAGUUUUCCUAAGAGAUGAGGAGCUUCUGAUUUAUGAAGGUCAUGAAUUCGCUUUAACAGCGCUCAGUUGUCAGACAGGAUUUCAAUGUUGACUGUAG